GCUUUACUUUACUUCAUGUGAUAAACCACCUAACAUUUGUUUGAAGUUGCGUGCGCAAUGCUCUAAUUCCUUUUAUGUUUGUGGUUUGUUAGGCAAAGGAGAAUCUCAUAAAGUUUGAUCAAUCUAUUCCUAAAAAGAAGAAAGAAAAAUAACCAUUUUAAGUGUUUGAAAACCAAAUUUAGGCCACAAUUCUAUGCUAUUCUUUGAUUCAAUCCAUUUUUCUUUUCUUUGAAUGUGUUCUCACUGUUCAACCUAGAAACUUGUUUUAGAGAAAGGAAAAAUAAGAAAGUUGAAGAGUUUUUGUGAGCAACAAGAUGUGGCAAAGAAGCAUGGAAUUGGAGCUUAGACUUGGUCCACCAGGUGAAGAAGAGUGUGUCAAUGAAAAAAGCAUGAAAAGUGUUAAAAAAGAAAGAUAUGAAGAUGGAGAUGAAGAAUCAUUACUCACUCUUGGUAACUUUUCAAAGAAAGAUUCAACUUGUGAUUUGUCUAAUGCUAAAGGUUCUUCAUUUCUUCAACUCUCAUCAAUGCAAGGAGUUGAAAAAGAUGCAUCACAAUCACAACCAUGUUGCACAAACUUGCAUGAUAAAGAGAAGAAAGCAUUCUCACCUUUUACAAAAAAAUCAGAUUUUCCUAAUAGGUCUCAGAAAAGAAAUUCAACUAGUACAGCAGUUGGUUGGCCUCCGAUUCGUUCUUUCAGGAAGAAUAUUGCAAGCGGAAGCUCGUCUAAAUCACCUACCGAGCCGCGGCAUGUGAUUCAAGACAAGGUUGCUGCUAGUAACAAACCUAUUAGAGACUCUAGUAAAGGUUUGUUUGUGAAGAUCAACAUGGAUGGAGUUCCUAUUGGAAGAAAAGUAGACAUCAAUGCUUAUGACACCUAUGAAAAACUUUCAUCAGCGGUAGAUGAACUAUUCAAAAGUCUCAUUGAAGAGAUAAAUCUAUCACAUAUUCUCUAUUCACAAAGCUGUUCUGCACAAAGAGAUUCCUGUGAUGAUGGAAUUGAUAACAAACAAGAGGAAGAAAAUAAAGCUAUGAUGAAAGGUUCAUUGAUUGAAAGUGGAGAAUAUAGUCUUGUUUAUGAAGAUAAUGAAGGUGACAAGAUGCUUGUAGGGGAUGUGCCAUGGCAAAUGUUUGUAUCAACAGUGAAGAGGCUGAGAGUGUUCAAGAGUUCUAAUCUUCCUGCUUUUAACAUUGGUAGUAAGAAAGACUUAGAUUGAUACACCACUUGACUUGCCAAUGCAAAUGAAGGAUGAAGUUGUUUGAGUUCUUCUUCACUCAAACUGGACAAGUAGAUUGAUACUAUUUGACAUUUUUGUUCCUUUUUUUUGUGUUGAAAUAGAUUAGGGAAUACUAAUACUAAUGUCAAAUUCCAAGUAAUGAUGUGUAUGAAUGUAAAAUUUUGUUAAAGGAGAUUUCAAUUAUAGACAAUUCUAUUAAUAUUUUGAGAGAAA